AUCUCAAAUACCGAUGAGGAGUACCAAAAACCAAACAAAGAACUGCACACCAAAAAAGUCUUCAAUCGGAGAAAAUCAUGUCUGCGUGGGAGAGAAAGAAAGCCUACCAAUUCCACUCUUCUCCCCUUCAAACCUUAAAGGAGUAAUUUUCAUGAACUCCAACUUUCAUUAGAGCUAUUUUGAACAAAUUAGCAGGAAUAAUUAGUGGGUAAUUUGCAUUAAUUAGAAAAAUAUGUGGGGUUUUGGUGGAAGAUUUUAUUGGGGGAGGAGAGAGAUUGGUAGAAGAAGAAGAGACGGAAUUGUGGUUUUAUUCGCUUGGAUGUCCAGUGAAGAGAGACAUUUGAAGCAUUACAUCGAUCUCUAUGCUUCUUUGGGUUGGAAUUCUCUUGUUUGCCACGCUCAAUUCCUCAAUUCAUUCUUUCCAGAGAAGGCGACGUUGUUGGCUCUGGACAUUCUGGAUGAGCUUAUUAAGGAAUUGAAGAUAAGUCCAUGCCCGAUUGUAUUUGCUUCCUUUUCUGGCGGUCCGAAGGCUUGCAUGUAUAAAGUUUUACAGAUAAUCGAGGGCAAAUGUGAGACGCAUAAAAAUCUUAACUAUCAAGUAGUCAGAGAUUGUGUUGCUGGCCACAUUUAUGAUUCCAGUCCUGUGGAUUUUACCAGUGACUUGGGUGCUCGUUUUGUUCUUCAUCCUUCGGUUCUUAAAGUAUCGAACCCACCGAGAUUCGUCUCAUGGAUAGCAAACAGCAUUGCAUCUGGUUUGGAUGGCCUUUUCCUGAGUAGGUUUGAAUCACAACGAGCUGAGUACUGGCAGACUCUAUACUCGUCAGUUACCUUGGGAGCUCCAUAUCUCAUCAUGUGCUCGGAGGAUGAUGAUCUUGCUCCUUGUGAAACUAUUUGCAAUUUUGCUCACCGGUUGCGGAAGCUUGGUGGUGAUGUCAGACUUGUGAAAUGGACCAGCUCACCCCAUGUAGGUCACUACCGACAUUAUCCACUUGAUUACAAGAGUGCUGUGUCUGAGCUACUCAGAAAGGCAUCAGCCAUUCAUCAACAGAAUAUACAGCGGCUUAAAGUACGGAGAAUUGGUUUUGAGUGUGCCCGCGAUGAGAUUUCUGAACCACUGGGUGAUCUAAGAAAAGCUGCAGACGACCCAACUGACAUUUUCAAGAGAUUCUCAGGUGAGCUGGAACGCCAUGUGAGUGUGGCGAAAAGUUCAGUGGAGUAUCAUGAAGAUAGAGCUGUGGGGUCAGUCCAAGACGAGAAACCUGGCCUUGUCCGCCUGCCUAGCCCACCGAGGAUCAAUGCUAACGGAGUGCUUGGUCAAAUGCUCUUUGAUGUAUGCGUCCCGAAGAACAUAGAAGAAUGGGAUGCAGGAACGCUUAGCUCUUUGCGUCAUUCUCCAUUUCCUUCAACAAGGAGGCACUCGAUGCACUUUAAUCCAAUGAAAUGCAUAAAACGUUCGAGGUUAUGAUUUCCAUUUUGACAUUCAGAUGGUGAUGAAAAAUGUUUUCUUUUUUUGGCGAGAUCAAAUUCCUCUAACAAAAUGCUCGACUGCGUUGCACGUUGCACGGCUAGAGUGACAUUGGAAGCAUAGGGCAAGUUAUUCAGAAGGAUCCUUUUCUGUGAUUGAAGCCUCAGGCAGCCCUUUAGUUUGGUGUUUAUAUUACCCCUUUAAGAAUGUAUAGUGGUUUGAGAUGUGCACGACCUUUAGUAAUACUUGUGUAAAAAAACAUCAAUUAGCAUUACUAUAUUAUAGUUUCUGAAUACUAAUAUAUUAUUGGAUAGUUGGAUUGUCAAUUUAUGUUUAUGUAACUUAAGGGCCUAUUUGGCCAAUAACUAAUAGCUAAAGUUGUUGGCAAACCAAUUAGAAGUAUUGGCUGAUUAGCUAGUUGUUUAAGUUGAUUGUCUAAGUCAACAGGUAUUCGGUAUAAAUUAUUGGUUGUUAGCUGUAUUAAACAUAAGUAAGUACAAAAUCUAAAGUUAAUAAAAAAUUUACUCCUUGUAGCUU